CUGAUCAAGGCUGAGGUGUCAUCCUCCCACUAUUCGCAGAGUGGUUUUGGACAUGACCAGCAGCCUUCAGCAGCCCUGUCACUAGACAAACAAUUCAAAUAAAGGAAUAGAAAUGCAACAGUGAAAGGAAAAAUAGAUUUUUAGCUUACCAACCAAAGAAUACAUAGUAUAGGCAGAAGAGGACACAUUUUCAUUUGGAUUACUUUUUUUCCAUUGUUUUGAUUUGAGUUUUGAGAACAAGAAGCUUUUACAUCAUAGUGACUGGAGUGAAGAAAAGCACAAUGAAACCAAGAAUAUUGCUCAGCAGCCUAACAGCUUUGUUAUGUCUGAGCGUCUGCUUGGCCUCAGAGCUAUCAUUUCUACAGGAGCCCCGAGAUGUUAUUGCAGUGAGGGAUCGCCCGCUCAUGUUGGACUGCAGCGUGCAGGGCGAGGAGCCCAUCCGGAUUACAUGGCGUAAAAAUGGGCUGCCUUUGACCGCCAAUCCUCGGGUUCAGGUGAUGGAAAAUGGCACACUGUUGAUCCGCAGUUUUCAGAAACGCAAAGAAGGCACUGAUGCUGACAUGGGAGAGUACGACUGCGCCGCUCAAAAUCGCUAUGGCAUGCUGGUCAGCCGCAAGGCCAAAGUCCUGUUGGCAUCACUUCCUAAAUUCCACACCCACCCGAUGUCCAUGGCAGUAAAUGAAGGUGGAGUGGCACGCUUCCAGUGUCAGAUCAAUGGAAUACCUGAGGCCAACAUCACCUGGGAGAAAGACAGGGUGCCCCUUAGCACCACUGACCACAGGUACACCCUUCUCCCAAUGGGGAUUCUCCAGGUGACAGGCGUGAGACAGGAAGAUGUCGGGGUGUUCCGCUGUUUUGCCACCAACAUCGCAAAUACUCGCUAUAGCCAUGAGGCCAUUCUCAACGUUACUGGUGGAGCUGUAAGAACUUACAAGGAGCCAGUCAUCCUGUCAGGACCUCAGAAUCUAACCAUCACUGUCCAUCAGACCGCCAUCUUGGAGUGCAUUGCUACAGGAAACCCAAAGCCGAUUGUUUCCUGGAGCAGACUGGACGGCCGCUCAAUCGGGGUGGAAGGUAUCCAGGUCCUUGGGACUGGGAACCUUAUGAUCUCAGAUGUUUCUCUGCAGCACUCUGGUGUCUAUGUAUGCGCUGCCAACCGGCCAGGGACCAGGAUGAGGCGUACUGCUCUAGGCAGACUCGUGGUACAAGCCCCCCCAGAGUUCCUGCAGUGGCCACAGUCCGUCUCCAAAGCAGCAGGGGGCAGUGCCGUGUUCACUUGUGUGGCACAGGGUGUCCCCGAACCACAUCUCAUCUGGCUGAAGAACGGCAAGGUUUUAAUGCCUGGACACAAUGUCAAGUUGACCAAUAAUAACAGUACUCUGGCUCUGACCCGGAUCAGCUCUGAGGACGAGGCCAUCUACCAGUGCAUCGCUGAGAACAGUGCCGGCACCAACCAGGCCAGCGCCCGGCUUGCUGUGGCCCAAGGUAAAGACCUGCCCGCCGCUCCCCAGGGCCUCUCGGUCAGCGUGCUGUCCACCAGCGCUCUGAAGAUCUCCUGGACCCAGCCACACACUGAAGUCACCCACGGUAUCAUUGGCUAUGUGCUGCAUAUCCGCAAAAUCGGAGAACCAGAUGCUUUGGAGCUGCAAGAAGCCAUCAGCAAAGGCGCCUUUCAACACGAUGUGAACAACCUGGAGCCUGCCACCACCUACUCCCUGUACCUGAAGGCCUACUCACCCCUUGGAGCCAGUCAGCAGUCCCGCACUGUGGUGGCAACCACACUAGGUGGCGUACCGACCCCCCCCACCUUCUUCACCAAAGUGGUGAAUUCUAGUGCUGUCCAGGUACUCUGGGAGCUCCCCAGCAAGGCAGGCAAAGCUGAAGGCUUCAGGCUGUCCUACCGCAGGGUCCCUAGUGCUGACUUUCAGGGACCCAUCCAGCUCCCCUGUUACAUCAAUGCCCACAUCAUCUCAAAUCUGGAACCAGGUACAGUGUAUGAAGUCAAACUGGUGGCGUACAACGGAAAUGGGGAAAGUGACUGCUCCAAGAGACUAGUAUCAUUGGCAAAUGAAGCCACAAGUGCCCAAAACACUGGUGAGAACACGCCGUGUCAGUGUCGGGACGGUGAAGCCUCUUUGGGCAGCAUUGUUAUUGGUAUCCAUAUUGGCACUGCCUGCAUCAUCUUUUGCGUCAUCUUCCUCAUGUUUGGGUAUCGCCGUAGUUUGUUUUGUAGUAAAGGGACUCAGGAGAGCUGGUCUGUACCAAGUGACAACACUGUACACAAUGGCAGCCAUAAGGAGACAACAGAACAUUCCAGGAUGGAGCUAGUGCCACAGCAGGUGGUUUGUCCGGCAGAGUGCCAAGUCGUCAUUGAGCAUAACUCAGCAGGUCUCCCUGGCACUGGCACUGGCUAGCACUGAUCAAACCUAACUUCAACCUUCACCUAACCCCCGCCCACAUUCCCUUAACUUGUUUCCAGUUACAGUGGUACCUCUACUUACUAAAUCAGUUCAUACUGGAAGUUGUUUUAUAAUGUGAAUUUUUCAUAAGUAGAAGCGCUUUUUACAUGUAAAUAGCCUAAUCCAUUCCAAGCCCUCCAGGCAAUCGUUUGACAGCUGAGAGCAAAGAUACGUACAAACGUCUGCACGCACACCACUUAAUUCCACUAAAGUUUCUUGGGGCCCGUGGUGAAUAAAGAUGAUAAACUCACUACAAAGUUGUGCUUUAUCAAUGUGCACUCGCGUGUGACAGCGUGUGAAGGCACUCGCAUGAUUCAGUGACAGUCGAGUGUCCAAGGGACACUAAAAGUAUCGUCUAAAGACUGUCGUCCCUUCUAGCCAAUGGGAUGCCAGGAAGAUGCUAAGGCGAUAGCCAAUGGAAGAGCAGCUCUAUUGCACCACACAAAAGAACCAGGUUGUUUACGUUCAGUGGAAUUUGGGGGUUGCGAAUCCAGCGCAUAUUUUUUCCUUUCAUAUCCUGAAUUUUCCUUUGUAACUAGAAACAAUAUAUUAUGAGGAAGUGUUUCGUAACCUGAAUUUUUCGUUACUAGAAAUGUUCUUAAGUAGAGGUACCACUGUAUUUGCAACUAACCUAAGGAACAUAAAGUCUGCUUCUUAUGGCAGAGCUUACAAAAAUGUGACAUAGUGCAACACCCUGGACUGACAGUAUAAUGCCCCAAUAUUCCUAAUAUGUCCCUACCUCAAAGUCAAACCAAAGCGUAUUGCCUGCAUUGCCUGAGUACCAGACUAAGCGUGUGUUGAAAAAGCCUUUCAAGAGAAUUGUCACUCCAGAUCCGGACCUGUCAGUUCUUCAUGUGUGUACAUCAUAGAUACAGGACCGUUGUAUGUCACAUCAGCUUGUUUAUGGGAGGCUGUUCUAUAACCAAAAUGUUUUAUAUUUCUCAGCUCUCACCUGCCAAAUGUGAAUGUGUACACCACGUAAGCCAAAUAUUGACAUCUAACUGACUCUCCAAAUUAUCUGCUGUAACAGAAUUCUUGACUUGACAUUGCCUUCAGUUUGUCUGCAAUAAUAAGGGAAGAAACAUAGCGGCCUUUGCUAUAGCCUUACUGAGGUGACAGUAUCAUCAUUAGCGAUGGUCCUUCAGUGUACUAGAAGGCAUUUUUAAAAAACAAACGAGCAAACAAACCCUUCAUAGUUGCACACCUCCAAAGAAAGCUACCUCAGAAUGCCUGAGCCAUAGUUGAGAACAACAUUAACUGGUUAAUGUUGCCUGUGCCAACCUACCUCACCCCAGGAAGAAAAAAAAAAAAACAACCUUCAUUUCAAUUCUUAUUUGACCAGUGCCAAUGCCAGUGUGCCAUGCCAGGUACCGACCAGGCAAGUCCAGAGAGAGCUUAACGGGUUGACUACCAUGGAGAGAAGCCACUGUGGCAGAGCCAUCUCCAUCACCAAAGCCGAAAUUUCUCAGGCUUUUUUUUUUGUGUCUACCUGUAACAUAAAGCUUCAUUUCUGAUUUGACAUCAGAGGAUGAUUGUAUUUGCAUACAAGUUUCCACCUCCACUGACACAUUUGUGCAGAUGAUGACCCUUCCUGAGAACUUUUCAGAUCUCUUCAAAGAAUCCAAAAUGCUGGAUUUGUGUCACCUGUUGACCACCCUGAAGUAAUGAUGCACCACAGACAAAUAGAUGCCAAAUGAAAUAACUGUUAAAGGCCAUGCUGCUGAGUUCGCUCUCCAGAUGCUAAAUUUGGUCACUCCGGGCCCUCGAUGGUACAGGACCAGGCGGCUGAAGAACUUUUAAGGUGAUGCCUGAACGCACGAACUAGGCUUUUGUGUUUCACCAUGUCAGCCUAUCCAAAAUGUUCUUCUGUGAAAACCAAGCUAAAGGACACCCAAAGAUGUUAACAUUGUGAUGGUUUUCUUUCUUUUCAUUUUUUAAGGAUGUUUUGGAUUGUUCCUGUUUGAAAGGGGUCACCAUGCCUUGCUUUAACUGAGCCCAAGCCAAAAAAAAAAAAAAAAUGCCAUUUGCCAUUUUCUUGAAUUUGGAACUCCUUCCUGGUGCACCCCUACAACAUGGAGCUAUUUUUCUGAAAAGAAACAUUUUAUGAGUGACCAAAAUGAAAACGUCAGAUAUUUUGGUUGAUGUUAAUACAAGAAGGAAUACAUUCUUUUUCUUUCAAAGUAGUCAUAAUUUCUUGUCAAAUAUUUAGAUACCAUGAUGAACUACAAUAUGUAACCAAAUACCUCUACAUUUUCUCAACAUUUGUUUUUACCUUUACACUUCCUCACAACCAAAGCACAUAAAUAUAUAUGUAGUUAAAAACACCAGGAGACACUUGAGGGAUGCAGCUUUGAGGAGCAACAGCAGAGUCCAUCUGAAGAAUUCAGUCCCACACAAAAAAAAAAGAAGCAAGCAUUGUCCAGGAAAAAAAAACAUACAAGGUAUUAAAUUUUUAAAAAUGGCCUUAAUACAGUAUAUACUCACAAAAAGACACCUAACUAAAAUAAAUGUCUGGGUCUCUCUGUAGUCAUUAAAUGUUGAUUAAAAAAAACCUUCAGUUGUUUAAAACUGUCCACCAAGAUUAAUGGAUACGCAACGGCUACAAAUCAUGCUUACAAUACAUCUACGAACAAAAUUAGCGCACACCGUGACUUCAGAUGGAUUUAAGCAGAAUGUCUCAAGUUGGUGUUUCCCUGAAAGUGGUUCUUACUUUUUCUGAGUGUUGGUGUAUUCAAAGCAGAGCAGCGUGUAAACCUUUUUACCUCCCAACGUGGUCUCUUUUCUAACAUACCCGAGAGUUGUUAAUCUGACGAGAUGCCAAAAAAAGUGAUAUGGAAGAUGUGUUUUUGUAGAUUGGAGUUUGUAGUGGUGAAGUUUUGUAAAAAAAUGGAAAGCCUUUAUUUACGUCUUCUGUUGGGAAUUUAUUUUAUGUUGUGUUUCUUCAUCCUCCUUGUUUAAGAGGAAAAGUUGCCAAAACAAAUAUUAAUAUUUUUUUAAAUGUUUAUAUUGUUCUGAUUUUUAGAAUUGAUGCUCAUACUGAUUUUAAAGGAUUUCCUCUUGUGCACAGAUGAUUUUCCUUUUCUUUAGUAUUGCCAAAUAGCGGGGUUUUGGGGUUGUUCUUCUUUUAGCUGUGAGUUAUCCAGAGACUAAAGUUUAAAGGCUAUGGUAUUUUUAUUAGGCAAAUUCACUGUCUGUCUUAAAGAACCAGCUACUGGUAGAAAAACAAAAUGUUAGGAUGUAGAAACAGACAGCUAUAAUACCAAGGAGAUAUGCUGCUUUAAUAAUUCAAAUUCUUUGUUCUAUAAACUGUCCACUGGUGUACUGAAGAUUUACGAGAGAGAAAAAAAGCUUUAACCUUUUUGUCACAGAGGUCUUUGACCAUAAUAAUGAAAAAGUCUUGAUGUCCAGACCAAACUGGAGAAAAGCUGCAGCAGAGAACGAAGGCCAAGCUGUGACUUCUUUUCAGUCAGCAAUGCUUCGUCAACACAAAGCUUUAGCUCAGAAUUAGCACACAAAGUUGAAAAUAUGUCGCCACUUGCAAUGUUGUUAAUUUAAUAGCAAGUAACCUACUUUCCACCUUAAACUUCAACAUAGCCAAUGACAGUAUAUCACUCACGUCAUUGUAUUAAAAAAGAGAACAAUAAGAUUAAUUAGUUUACCUUGAUAGUAUUAUAUGUUAGAAAUGGCCCCUUGCUAUUUAUUUAUUUAUUUUUAAGGGUCAUUGCAAGAUCCAAACAGCCACCACUGAAUUGCAAGGAUUUAAAUAAGUCAUAUUUUGUAAUGUAUUGAUAACUUGAGAAUAUUGCAACAUUCAGUAUUAGCAGGCCAAUGUAACUAACCAGAUGAAUCCACAUUUUUAGUAUUUCUUUUUAUUGCUACAUGUCGAAUAAGUUACCAGUAGUUGCAGUAGAUUCUCAGAAACUCAACAAGACCCAAUGAUAUUAUGAUGAUAUACACACUCUUAGGGCUAUACAAUUGGGCAAUUUGUUGAUAGGGCUGUGUUUAAAAAAAAAAGUGUACCAUUGACUUUACAAACACAAAACUUUUUUUGCAAACUUUUGUUUCUAGGAUGUACCAAUCCUUUGAAUCACUGAACUAAUAUUUAGUGGUAUGACCACAGUUUCACAGUAUCUCUGUGGGUUGGAGUCAACCAACUUGUGGCACCUUUCAGCUGUUAUUCUAUUCCAAGAUUCUUUCACGACAUUCCACAAUUCAUUUAAGUUUCUCAGUUUUGGUUCAGAAACAGCAUUUUUGACGUCUCCCACAAGUUCUCCAUUAAAUCAAGGUUGGGGAUUGGGGUGGCCACUCCAUGACAUUAACUUUCUUGGUUUGGAAACAAGACUUUGCAUGGUUACUAGUGUGUUUAAGGUCAUUGUCUUGUUGAAAGACCCAUUUCAAGGGAAUGUCCGCCUCAGCAUGAGGCAACAUGACCUCUUCAAGUAUAUUGACAUUUGCAAACCGAUCCAUGAUCCCCCGGUAUGCGAUAAAUAGGCCCAACACUAUAGUAGGAGAAACAUGCCCAUAUCAUGAUGCUUGUACCACCUCACUGUGUAUUGUACCUUGGAUUUAGAGUUUGGUGGUUGGCUCACAAACUCUCUGCAACCCCUGGACCCAAAAAGAACAAUUUUACUCUCAACGGUCCACAAAAUGUUCCUCCAUUUUGCUUUAGGCCAGUUAAUGGGUUCUUUGGCAAGUUAUAGCCUCUUCUGCACAUACCUUUUUAAUAAAAAAAAAAAAAAGAGGGAUGUUAUGGAAGAUUCUUGAAAACAAAUUCGCUUCACUCACAUAUCUGUCACCGUACUUACAGGUAACUCCAAACUGUCUUUGAUUAUGCUGGAGCUGAUCAUUGGAUCAGCCAUUGCCAUUCUGGUUAUUCUGCAAUCCAUUUUGAUGGUAGUCUUCUGUUUUCUGCCAUAUGUCUCUGAUUUUGCUCUCCAUUUUAAGGAAUCAGAUAUCAUUUUAGCUGAACAGCCAAUAAUUUUUUUUCCACCUUUUUAUAAGGUUUUCCCUCUCUAAUCAAAGUACGCUGUUCUUCUGACCAAUGUGUUAAACAACCCAGUUUCCUUAGGUUUUCAAGGAGAAAUGCAUGUUCAACAGGGGCUGGCUUCAUCCUUGAAUAGGAGCCAUCUGAUUCCCACCUGUUUUUCACAAAAUUGAUGACCUCACUGAUUGAAUGCCACAAAGCUAUGUUUUAACACGCCCGCUUCAACCAAUUACCCAAUUGUCCUGCCAUAGGAAUGUGUAUAUCAUGAAAGCUGGGUCUUGUUGGUUUUGAGAAUCUAGCUACUGCACCUAAUGGUAACUUGUUUGACAUGGAGCAAAAAAAUAUACUGAAAACAUGGAUUACUCUGGUUAGUCACAUCUGACUGCUAUUAUUUUUAACACUACUAUCUAUAUUCCACAUAAUUCCGACUCCACAGCUUGGUCUCUCUUUUGUCUGUAAACUGCUUUGUCUCUGGCCUCUACUUACAGUUGUCAUAUUCCAAUAUGCCCAAAACCAA